AUGAGUUCUAGGCCUAGCCACGCAAAUCAGUCUGCAUCUAGGGACUCAUCAAUUCAGCCUAGCGCUCGAGGAUCUUCCACUGAACGGGACCAGGCACUCGACCAAUUACAAAGAUCCCCCGAUGCCAAUGAAAAGAAUCAUCAAUCUGAGAGUUACGACCAGGUUUCCGCGCCGAAAAAAGAAAAACGAGUCACGCGACGUCUGGAAGCAGAAAGACUUGAACUUGAGAAACGUCUCCUUAAGCUCGAACAGGCUCAACUUUCUAGGGACCAUACCUCAUCCAAAAGAGAGUCGCGUCGCCUCACCAAGAAGCAGCCAAUCGAAAGUUCCAGCAGGGGUUCCAGUGUAAGUGCAGAUGAGUCCAGGUCAUCCUCUAGGCGCUUCUCCGCCUUUUUCUCGAGUUCGAGGCGUACUUCAAGAUCUCGAACAAGCGUGGCAACUGAAAAGGAGGAUGAUCAUCUGACAACCAAUGCAUUUGGUACUAAGGAGACGCCGACAGACAACGCACCGACUCCACGAGUGGGUAACCCGCCUCUAUUCACGAGUUUGCCUGAGCGUUUCAGUGCAGUAGUGUCUAAAGGACUAGCUGUGGAAAGUGAUACUUUGUUGCAAAGCUUUACCCCACCGAUGCAAUCGCAGUCGCCAGUACCUGCAGUUGCGAGCCCGGAAGAUGAUGCCGGAAAGGCGGAUGAGCGGCCGCAGAGAGACGGCGAGGGGAGAAGCGUUCCACGGACGUUGAAGCUUAAUGCUGGCCAAUCUGCUCAAGCAGGACAGAGAAUCAACACUCAAGAAAGGUUAUCAUACACUCAGAAGCCACCUACGUCGUCUGAUAUGGACCGCGAUUCGUUUGCAGCAACUUUGAACCUUGCACAAAGAAGCCGAGAAAGCAAUCAAACCCACCACAGGUCUCUAAACCCGGCCCUGAAUUCAACUUUCGCCCAAAAGGACGCGGCACAAUCUGAGAAUCAUCAUCAGCUCCGAGCUCUCGAGUCCUCAAAGUCUCGCGUGGUUUCGGACAAGGCGAACGGCGCAAUGAUCACCUCAGGCAGCUCAUCAGCCAAGGCUCCAGCCAGUAAUGCCUCACAAAAAUUGCCAAGAAUGACGAAGCCAUCUCCUCUUGCAAUCGGUAACUCAAUAGGUAGUACCAGUUCCGAAUCAGUCAAUGGGAAUAACAGGACUUCACCUGUGCGCAACUCGAUCAAAUCAAAUGGCGCACGGCGGGUUCCUACUUCCCCACUGGUGACUGUUUCAAUGAGGAUACCUCCCACCGAUGAAUCUCUGCAAGUCCCGCAGCCUUCGGUCUCAAAGAAAAUCGAAGGAAUGCCCGCUCCUCAUGCUCCUACAGAGCGAACUUCCUGGUCAUUACAUGGCGCGACAUCGUCUGUAUUGGGCCAACCGAAACCCUUCCCCAGUGACGCUCCACGACACUGGCAAAGCAAUCGCUGGAGUAGGCAUCCGGAGCCAAUUGCUGACUCUGUUCAGGAACCGCAACCGUCAACUACACUGGGAAAAAAAGGAUUUUAUGCUCCAUCGAAUUAUGGGCAUGAUAGUAAAUCAGAUGUGUCACUUGCCAAUCAAGGAGAAGAUAGAGAUACCAGUGUUCUUCAGUCAGUGAAGAUUGGUCGAGAGGACGGGAACCUACCAGAGCACAGUCCUCGAAGAAAAGCCGACUCUGAAGAUACGGCCCCAGCGAGCAGCUCGUCUUCACGGACCUCGUCCCCAGAGCCUUGUUCGGAAGACUAUAACACUGCUGAUGAAGCGGGGUCUAUUAAAUCCGUGCUCAAAAGAGGGGGUGAUCGUUCAGAUCAUCAACCUUCAAGCGCACCUGACACUUGUUCUAUGCAUGAUGAUCCUCGUAUACGUCGUUUCACUCACGUGGAAGAGUAUCCAGUUACCACGGUCUCUCGAGUUGAGGAUUCUCAGCCGGACAGGCUAGCGAGAAAGUUGGGAGGUGCUGAAACGAGUCAACCGGUCAUGAAGAACUUUGCGAUUUGCUGUGCCUGCAAAUCCUGGCAUGAAAUGCCAGCGAAAGUGUACUCCAAAGUCUCUAGCACUGAAGCCCUUCCGGUGCUAAUCAAGUAUGGUUCAUCUGCUAACAAAAAUGGUCAAAAGAAGAGCUCCAGGUUGACUCGUUCCACCACGAGCGUGUCUCGCUCCACAUGGCCGAGAAAGUUGUCCACUAGCAAGAGAUCCCCAGGAGAGCCACAGAAACCCCAGCUUACUGCCGGUUCAUUUGCACAAUGCUGCUGGUGUACCCACCACAUGAACCGACAGUGCUGUGAAGGAUGGACUGCAAGUGUACAAAUGCAUGAAAGACAUCGUUGGUAG